AUGAAUGACGUUUUCAACAUUGACACAUCUCUCAAUUCUGAAAUCCGAUUUGGAGGUAAGGUUAUUGUUUUUGGAGGGGAUUUUAGACAAAUAUUACCUGUUGUUCCAAAUGGUGGCAGACAAGAGAUUGUUAAUGCCUCCUUAUGUUCGUCUUAUUUGUGGAGUAAAUGUAAAUUGCUAAGACUAACUAGAAACAUGAGGUUAACGGUUGGAAGAUCUACGGCUGAUGUUGAUGAAAUAAAUAGUUUUGGCAAAUGGCUUUUGGAUUUGGGUGAGGGUAACGUUGGUGGUCCAAAUGAUGGAGAAGCAACUAUUGAAAUACCAAGAGAUCUUUUGAUUACUGAUCCAUCUGAUCCAAUUGGAAGUUUAAUUGAUUUUGUUUAUCCAUCAAUCUUGGAAAACGUAGACGCCCAUAACUAUUUUAGUGACCGGGCCAUACUUGCACCUAAAAAUGAAGUUGUUCAUGAGAUUAAUGACAGGUUACUAGCAAUGUUUCCUGGUGAAGAAAAAGAGUAUCUUAGCUCUGACAGUCUUUGUCCGUCUGAAGAUGUAAAUUCUACACAACAAAGACUUUACUCUCCGGAUGUGCUCAAUGGUCUUAAAAUAUCUGGCCUACCAAAUCAUAGGUUAGUCCUUAAAGUUGGUGUUCCAGUCAUGUUAUUAAGAAAUAUUGAUCAACGGAAUGGAUUGUGCAACGGUACAAGGCUACAAGUAAAGAAGCUGCACAACCGUGUAAUAGAAGCGAAGAUAAUAUCUGGUUCAAAUAUUGGUACUUGCACAUAUAUCCCUCGAUUAAACUUGAUACCUUCUGAUAAAAAGAUUCCUUUCUCUUUUCAAAGAAGACAAUUUCCACUGGCCGUAUGUUUUGCAAUGACCAUCAACAAAAGUCAAGGUCAAUCUCUUUCAAGAGUAGGUUUGUACCUCAAACAACCAGUCUUCUCUCAUGGUCAGUUGUAUGUUGCCUUAUCAAGGGUGAAAACAAGAAAUGGUGUCAAGAUACUCAUACUUGACAAUAACGGAAAACCUACGGAUAAAACAACUAAUGUGGUGUAUAAAGAGAUAUUCAACGAAUUGUGA